AUGGACUUGUUGGCAUCAAAGAAUGAAUCCGUUCCAACUAUCACAGCUAGAGAAGCAUUAACAAAAUGGGAGGAACGAAUGGGUCAAAAUGCAAGACAAGCGAAACAAAUUCUUAUAACUGGUAGUUAUCCACCGAUUGACAGAAUGGAUACAUCGAUUGGUGAACUAUACAAUUGCGAGUAUGUGUCACUUUUAGGUCUGUCUGUUAAAAAACUACAGUAUCUUCUCUUUGAUAUUGUUAGAAAACUAUCAUUAUCAACGAAUAUGAUAGAUAGAAUUGCAAAUC